GUUGCGCUGCUUGCGCAAACACAAACAAUGCUGACGUUACCAAAAAUUUGUUUGAAAACUCAUACAUUUUGCAAACGCAAUGAGCGAAUGAAAUAGUAUUAAAUGCAGAUACGUAAAAUACAGGCUUACAACAAAUGUAAGCCCGGGAAGAACUAAACCAACUGCCAGCGGUUCUUAUUACCUACACACAACCGAACACACACACACACACACGCUUAGGAACACAUUUAUUUUUGGACUGCUGCACUUAAAUAAUUGCGUGAUAAGACUUUAAAAGGUAUCUAGCACAGUGCCGUGAGUUAAGUGAAAGCGGCUUCGUCAUGUUCUCGCAUUCGGGUCAUGUUAUGACGCUGGCCAAUAGCAUCAUAGGCGUCGGAAUAUUGGCAAUGCCAUUUUGUUUUCAAAAAUGCGGAAUCAUCCUCUCCAUACUGCUGCUCAUCCUGAGCAAUUGGAUAACACGCGUCUGCUGUCAUUAUCUUAUCAAAACUUCGCUGCUGACACGUCGCAAAAGUUUCGAAUUGCUUGGCUUGCACGCGUUCGGCACGUCUGGAAAGUUGCUGGCGGAGCUCUGCAUCAUUGGCUACCUCAUUGGCACAUGCAUUACGUACUUUGUGGUCGUAGGCGAUCUGGGACCACAGAUAGUUGCCAAGCUAUUUACGUUGGAAAUCGCGGAACACAAACAUCUGCGCACAGUGGUAAUGCUACUGGUCACUGCUUGCUGCAUAAUACCGCUGGGCAUGCUGCGCAAUGUGGACAGCUUAUCAGCGGUAUGCACUGCUUCCAUAGGUUUCUAUGUAUGCCUAAUGCUUAAAAUUGUCCUGGAGUCAGAGACGCAUAUUGUGGCUAAUGACUGGACGCAGCAGGUGGUAUAUUGGCGACCAGCAGGCGUGCUGCAAUGUCUUCCUAUCUUUAGCAUGGCUCUUAGUUGUCAAAUGCAACUCUUUGGCGUAUUUGAUAGCAUUAACAACCAAAGUUUGGAUAAGUUAAAUGGCAUUGUUCGCAAUGCCACAUGGAUAUGCACGCUGGUCUAUAUUGCUGUGGGUUUCUUUGGUUAUGUGGCAUUUUGCACGCAAAGUUUUUCGGGAAAUAUAUUAAUCAAUCUAUCGCCUUCCUUUGGCAGCGAUAUUAUCAAAAUUGGCUUUGUGCUUUCAAUUGCAUUUAGUUUUCCCUUGGUAAUAUUUCCCUGCAGAGCCAGCAUCUACUCACUGCUAUAUCGCAAACACUGUCAAGUGGAGAUGACCAGUUACAUACCCGAGCAACGUUUUCGUUGGAUCACCGUCUUCAUAGUCGUCAGCGCACUGUGUGUGGCUUUGGCUAUUCCAUCUGUGGAACUUAUUAUAGGUCUGAUUGGCUCUACCAUUGGCGUAGCUAUAUGCAUCAUGUUUCCAGCCUCCAGUUUUCGUAAGAUUAUUAGAAAGGAAUCAGCAGAACGCACCUUGGCGCAGUUUGUAUUCGUCAGCGGCUUUUGUUUAAUGAUACUUGGCACUUACGCUAAUCUGAAUGCUAUAGAUGCACAAGGCUCAGGACCACAACUUGAUCUAUUGCCAGCGGUGUCGCCUUUAACACCAAAUGCUCAACCAAUGCCUGUGGUGAAUGCAAAGUAUAAGCCAGAAAUAGUGCUGCAGCCGAAGGAGGAACCCAAGGAAGCGCUGAUAAAGCAAGUGCUGGAAAAACUGGAAGACAGCAAGCCGAUAAAGCAAAUGGAAAAAAUAGAAAAACCUCAAAUUGUAGCUGUCUCGACCGAAAAGCCAAAGGCAAUGCCACCAUUGCCUGUAGAUGAACCCCAUGUGGAACCACCUGUGGAGCUGCCUGCUGUGGCGAAAAUAGAGCCAGUGCCCAAGCCCGAAGUGGCAGCAGAAGCUAUAAGCUUGGAAAAGCGAAACUUAACGUUGCCUAAAGUGGAAGCACCCAAGCUGCCGCCGCCACCACCACAGCCACAAGCUGUAGUUGAGAUGCCACAGAUUCCUGCGGCGCAAACAAUUGACGGAGCUGCUAUUAAAAAGGAGGAGGAAAUAACAGCCGAAGAGCAAAAAGACAAUAAAGGCAACACUGAUGAGCUGCGUAAAACUAACAAAGAACUUGUUGAGAAAAUGCAUCGCUUGGAGCGGACUAUGGAUGAAAUCAAUGAGGAACUGUCCAAGCAAAAGCCACAGAAUCAAAAUCAAAACGCUUUAGCUGCUGACAAAGCAGAUAUCGCUAAGCCUGAAGUGGUGCAGGAUUUAAUUAAUAAACUAAAGGAAAUCAAGUCGCCAAUGGAGCCACCACCAAAGCCAGCAGAACCGCAGCCAGCAGGACCACAGCCACAAGCUGUUAAGCCAGUCUCCCUAAUGGACAUGCUUACUGAGAAUGCGCAUGCGCGCGAGGAGCAGGAAGCCCAUGCAGGCGUCUUUGAGCCGCUGUCUUAUAAGCGAGGCGAACUACAAAAUAAAAAUGUAACAAAUACCGGCGAUGCCUUAAACUUGGUACAACGUUUGCCACUGCCUUUGGCGCUGCUGGCCAACACCACGCAGCUGCAGAACAACAACAGUCUCAACGCUGAUCCCCCUGCCAAUAAAACCAGUAUGGGCAAUGUGGAAGCCAUACGUCGUGAGCUGUUGGAAUUUAAGCAAGCACCGAAGGAGACCACCGAGCAGCUUUUGCUGCGUGUCAAGCGUGAGCAGAGCUGUUUGCCCGAGCCACAGCUACUCGAUGUGGGCGUAGCUGGCCUAAAAAUUGAGAAUAUGGGGCGUGAACUGAAGUCCGUGCAGGAUGAGGAGCCAGAGGAGUUGACAACGACGAUAACCACCACCAACAAAGUAAUUAAAACAACUGAAAGCUGAAUUAAAACUCUCGAAAAAUGUAAUCCCUAAGUAUAUAAUAUACAUAGCUAACAAUAUGUAUGUGUCGACAGGGCCCCAACAAGCUUUAUGUAUAUAUAUAUAUUAAUUUACAUGAUAGUGUUUUAUGCAUUAAUAUAUAUAAAUUAUUUAAUUUGUGUUAAUCAAAACGUAUUUAUGACAAGCUAAGCAAUGAAACUAAAAGUUAACAGUACUGCAUAAUAAUAAU